AUUCGACAACGAAUGGUUACUUGCCUUGAUUCAUCUCUUUUGGAAGGUGUAAAUAAACAGAAAACCAAUUUCUUCAUUCUAGCAUAUUCGCGAGUUUUUCAUUUUUGGUUUUGAAAUGUUAUUGAAAGUUACUGGAUGGCCGAAAAAUUUUCAGUGUGCUGAAUGUUUUUCAAAGGAAGAUAAUACAGACGCAGCAGUCUUUUUUUGUGACCAACUAGAAAAGGGCUUAAAACAUUCAGUCCCACUUCGAGCAGUUACAAGUUGGAAGAAUGUCAGUUACGUUUCCCGUGUGGCUGCAAAACAGCAAGGUUGAAAUUGUAGAUUCGGAAGAAUGGAGGGGCGUCACGGGGGAUUUGUUCGAUGCAAUCCAGCAACAGUUGGCCCAGAGCCACGUGGCUUACUUCACUGAUUUGACAGAUGCAGAGAAGUCGCUGUUCAUGGACAGGGCUGCCAAAUCAAUUCAACACUCUGAUAACUACAAGCGAAUGACGCAGAAAGUGUCUUACACUCUGGACAGGCACUUGAGCAAUGAGGUAGCCCGGGAGUUGCUGGAAGAGGAUCCAGUGGAGACGAAGCCUGAAUUGGUGAUUGAGCAUGUGAGAGAGGGCGCUGUGUGUCUGCUGAAGAGGUGGCCAGAGAUGAAAGGCAAAGUGUUCAGGUGUCUCAAUCAGAGACUUCCCAGUAACUUGAGAUUCAUCACUUGGAAACUGUUUUUGCAGAACACUCUAGCUCGCAAGGUGUACUGUGACUUGUUAGCUGAAGACCCUGAAGCAGUGCACAGUGCACACGAGAGGGAUAUAGUGCACAAGUGCGAGGCACUUCUCACAGCAGUGCCCAUAUUCGCACGCGCAUUCCCAGAAGCCAAGUCCUCGCCAGCAAUUGCGAGUACAAUGUCCAAAGUGCUCUCUUAUUACCACGCUAAGCUGCGAACCGCCAACAGACUGAUAGAUGUUCAGUACCUCCUCCUCAUCCCCCUGCUUCAAGUGAGCGUGGAAGUGCAGUCUACAGAAAAGGUGGCUAGUCCAGGCUCAGUGGCCAGUCUGGUGGAACAGUACAUUACUCUGUUGGAAUCGCGACCUUCUUUUGUCCGAGAUGCAUGGGGAGAGGCGACGACAGGGGUGAAGCUGCAGGAGUUCUGCAAGGGUGUGGGAGAGGAGUUGAGGAAGAUAGACUCCAGCCUCACUGACUAUAUCUCGUCGCUCUACUCGCAGGAGAAAGUGAACGACACUACGAAACCAGACUCAGCUAACGAAGUGCUCACUGCUUCUCUGAAGGCCAUGCUAAAGCCGCUGAUACGGAGUAUGUUUGUCGGCUUCCUGGAGUGUGAGGUGGUAUUGUACAUGUGGGAUCAGUGGCUGAUGGGGUUGGAUGUGGGGGGAGACUACGAUGUGUGGACUCCCCUCGCCACCCUCACCCUCCUUCUCAUGAAGGAGCCACUCAUGCGAGCCACUAAUUCGCAGCAGCUGGAGGAGGUGACUCAGAGGCAGACUAUUCUUCUGACUGUCGACAAUUAUCAAUAUGAAUUCCAUAAACAUUUCUACAAGCCCCUCUACCAGAAGCUGAACGAGAAGUAUAGCCAUGAAGCACCUGUGGUCGACCCCCUGUCGACUCUAGGUCUUCCCGCUCCCUGGAUCCACUGGACUAAGGAAGUUCUUCCAGAGAGGAAGCGAGUGGAGGACAGGCGGCUGGCGAGGGAACAGAGAGCGGCAUUCAAACUGCGCCAGCUGAGAAACGAGAGAGAACAGCAGGCUGCAAACCAGAGACACGAACUCCCGCCCGCUGGAGCUUUGGACCCCAAUCUGGACAAGAGCAACCUGGCGAAGGCGGAGGCGGACAAGCGACUGUUAAGUGAAGAUAGAGUGUAUUUGGAGCAGAGACUGAACGAGGAGACUGAGAAGAGAGAGCAGGUGGAGAGAAGGGCUAGGGAGGAGAUCGCACAGCUGCAGUCAGAGCUGAACAGACUGCGUAGAAAUAACCAGCAAUCGCCAGAUAACCCACCGGGCGGUAACGUAAUCGCCCCGGACAACCAGUCCUUAAGCUCCCCCUCAAGAAUGAGUGAGGUGACAAUGAUGACAGGGUUCCAUGCUCCUUCCAACUCAGUGAGAGGAACAGACCAGCCAAAGAGUCCCAUCGAGGCAUUGUCUCUAUUUCUGCAAAACUUCACCAGAGACAUCUCACAAGUGACUGGAGGUAACGUGGGAGAUCUUGACGUCAGCACUAACCUCUACCUUAGUAACUACGAGGAUCUGAGAAGACAGGCGGAGAAAGACAUUAUGGGUCACGUGAUGCAGGACUACGAUUGGGCACUGUACACAGAGAGCGACCAGAAGAGGUACAGAGAGGACAUACAGAGACUAACCGAGACCAGUUUCGAGAAAACAUAUUUAGACGCUAUGAACUCGUGAUCUAACAAGCAAUACUCAGUAAACUAGAGAAAUUAGGCGAAUCUUAAUCAAGUUGACAUGGUGGUUUUGUACAUAAAACUAUUUUUUGACGCAUCAAAACUGUAGAUUGUAAAAUUGUAGAUAAAUAUGAAAUACCAUCUUUUUAUUUAGUAUGUGUUUAUUGUGAGCGUAAAAACAGAAAAAUUCUUUGAUGU